AUGUGUGUAGAAGAGGAGUCCAGAGCUACCGAGGACGUGUUCCACAGCGCACAUAGCGAGGGGAUUGCACACCCGACUAUCCAAGAAAAACAUCAUCCUACGAGCAAAAGCAAGGGUGUGGCCUCUUCAUCUGAGCCAACCUCGUCUCUCAGGUCUAAAGAGUCAGGUGGUGGCGGUGCGGCGCACCCGCCCGUCUUAUCCGGGGAGAAUUCUGUUGCGGCGCAAAAUCGUCGAGAGAUUAUUGCGGACAAGAAGCCGCAGGCGAAGCACCAGCAAGAUGAUCAAAGUACCGAGGAAGUGGCCAGAGAGAAGCUUCGUCAGUUGAAGCCGAAGGAGAAUUCGCCGGCACAAGCUGCAGAGAAGUUGCAGCCCGAGCCACCCUGCCUCAAUUCCGCGCACCUGGAGGGCAACAAGGGCGAAGCAGGUUCCCAGCGGAUGGAGAUCAAGGUUGACGAGGGUGACAAUGUGGGCGUCCAAGAUGAAGAAGAGUUGACUUUCUUCAUGUAUACAAAUCUUGCGAAGCUAGUCCCUCCCCGUAUCGCCGAGCGUCUUCCACCUAAUUCACCAUGGAAACACGGUCAGAAGAUAAGCAACCACCACCCGGACAUGUUACUCCUCGAACACUGCCAUCUCUUUGAGCCAAAUACUGAAGGAUACCCAACCGAGGAAGCCGCCAUGGUCGAUAUUGCGUGCAGUUUAUCGUUCGCACGUAUCCCAAUCAUUCCUAGAUACACACCGAACUGUGUCUUGACGCUCCUAACACGUCGCCUCCUUGAUUGGCAACCUCAAAUUGUACGGACAAAAGAGGUGGAAUUUAAAGUCCCCAAGAAACCUGAAGGUCGGGGCGCGGUCUGACCCUUUCUUCAUGUCCAAGAGGUGGAAUCCGGAUGACCUAAU